AUGGAAGUAAACUAUUUUUAUUCGAUGGCCUUCGAACGUAAACUGAACCAAAUACAAAACCGGGAAUCGUACGCGAGUGCGGCAUCAUUCGUGUGUUACACUCGUGCUGGUACACCAGCAAGUCCUGUCGUCCGAAUCCAUCGUUUGCCGAGAACGAGUCACUAUGCCGAGCAAGUCGGUGGCAGAGCACCCGUGGCAGUAGAAAUGAAAUAUCUUGCCGCCAAAGUAUUGGAGCUGACACUGGCCAUUCGAAAUUACGAAGAGCUGAACGAAUCGCUCUCCGGUGUAACUAUUUCCCAGCGUGGUGUGUUGCCCAAUAUCCAGGCCAUUCUGAUGCCACAGAAGACCGGAAAAAGGCGCCGAAUUAAGGUUUUCUGUGUUGGCUGGUGA